AUGUGUGCUCUGCCCACCACAGUACUGUUCUGGUCUGGUGCACAGAUGUUCAUGACCAUGCACGGUUGUGCUGUUCUGGCCCGGUAUGUGUGCUCUGCCCACCACAGUACUGUUCUGGUCUGGUGCACAGAUGUUCAUGACCAUGCACGGUUGUGCUGUUCUGGCCCGGUAUGUGUGCCCUGCCCACCACAGUACUGUUCUGGUCCGGUAAAUCUCAGCAUUCGUUUUAGCCCUGUGUCUGCCCCCUCCUAUCACCGCGUUUUAUCAAAAAUGAAACGAAACGUUUCAGAACAAAUCAAUAAAUACCGCUAUGACAACACUGAAGGAUGUUACCGCUACUAUUCCUUGCGCUCAUAA